AUGUGGCGUAUCUAUUUCACAGAACGUGUUGGAAUGGAUACAGGAACAUUAAUAUCACACAGCGAAGGGGUGUCUUGCACAAAUAAAAAUACCACAAUAUUCGAUGACGAGGAUCCUGAUGAUCCAAAAGAAGUGGACCUAGUAGAAGAAAAAGUUGACGAUGACGAUGAAGAAGACGACGAUGAACGAGACGACGAUGAACGAGACGACGAUGAACGAGACGACGAUGCAAAAGACAAUAACGACGAAAAAUGUGAUGACAACGAUAUAAAUGAUAGCGAUUAUGACCUCGAAAAUGACGAUUACAACUAUUCCAGCGACGAAAGUUAUACCACAGAUGAUGACAUUAGUGAUCAUGACGAUUAA